GAUGCUCAACAGCAUCGAUCACUUUUUCUUUUGACGUUCAAAUCAGCAAUUGCGCAUGCGUGAAGUCACGAAAUGGCGCUCCUGUCCAGCAGGUGGCGCGACAACUAGACAGCAACCUCGGAGCUGCUGCUACAUGUGACAUUGACAUCAACAGAGGCACCAUGAGGCUGACCGCUCUCCUCUCGAUGGCAGCCCGGGUUGUAGUGCCCAAAGAUUACCGUUACGGCACCAACAGGCCGUGGACGGAGGCUGCUAAGAGGCGGAAUCCUCCGGGAAAAAAGAGGAGGAAGGUGUUCGUGGAGCCGCUGGAACCAGAGGACUGGACCAUACUGAAGGGGGACAUGGUUGAAAUUCUUGCUGGGAAGGACAAAGGGAAGCAGGGAAAGGUGACCCAAGUCUUCAGACAGAGAAACUGGGUCAUCUUGGAAGGCCUGAACACCCAUUUCAGGUUUAUCGGGAAAACCAGAGAUUACCGUGGAACCUACAUUGCCAGUGAGGCUCCUUUGCUGGUCCGUGAUGUCGCCCUGAUUGACCCGUCAGACAGGAAGCCCGCUCAGGUUGAGUGGAAGUACACAGAAGAGGGCGAGAGGGUAAGAGUAUCCACCAGGACGGGCCGAAUCAUCCCUAAACCUGUGGUGGAACGGCGAGACGGCAUUGUGCCUCAGCAGUGGAAAGAUGGACCCAAAGACACCAGUCCUGAAGACACUCUCGAAAAAACCUAUGUUCCAUCUCUAAAAACCCUGGAAGAGGAGGUCAUGGAGAAACUGGGUAUUCAGGAGGACAGGAGGCACCAGAAGUCCUACUGGUACUAAAGAUAAGCAUCAGAUAUGUGCCUCCUCGUUCUGUCCAGAUCUUACAGGUACGCUGAGCAUACCGCCCUCUGCUGGGAAUCUUAGUCCAGGUGAAAUGUGUGAAACUGUGUGAAGACCCCAGAAGGAGGCCAAACAGACUUAAACAUACAGUUGUUGCAUUUAAGUUCAUCCAUGAACCUUGUCUGUGUACAACAUUUGUUUCCUGAAUUACUUGGAUUUUUUGUCAUCAUGUGAAUAAAUGCCUGGCCUGUGUUUUAUUGUUUUGCAGAAAAAGAUCUAUUAAAUAACAAAGUGCAAAAUUA